GGAUUCCGGUAUUUGUUGUGUUUACAUCUGCCUUUAUAGCUUUCUGUUUUUGCCUUCUAUCAUAAUGGAGACGUGUGGCAGUAUGUCACCAUACUGGGUAAAAUUAAAUGCUUCUAACUGUUUUAUUGGAAUCAUAAACAAUGUCGACUGUCCUGAAAAUACAACAGGCCUAGAGUCAUCAACUGUAAAUCUUCAACUCACAGCGUUUGCUUUCAUGAUCACUCAAAUUCCAUUCUCAGUGGUAUUUGGACUUGCUCUUCAGGACACCGAAAACACUUUCCUAUUACUUUGUGGUGGCUGUUCCAUACUUGUAUUUUUACUAUUUCCAAUAUCAGGUAUUCUAGCCUUUGCGGGAUGUAUGUUAAUUCUGAGAGAUUAUCCAGACCUAGAGCGAGGAUGGUCUUUUGACCUCUGUUUGGCAUCAUCUAUUCUAAUUUUAAUUGAGAUUAUAAUUACUCUGAUUGUAACAACUGUAAUGGGAAUAAGAUCCUCCAAACGUAAAUCUAACGGAAAACCUGAAGAGUCUGUGGAGGGAAAGGGCAGUAGUAAAGAUGGCGACACACAAACACAAUCCAACAGUUACGGCCACAGCAUUAUGAAAUUCGCCCAAGUAGCAAUCACAAAUGGAGCUGAGGCUGCUAAAAAUGCUAUAGGAAUGAAAUAGAAGGAACACUUGGUUGAAAUAACAAAUAGAUGUAAUUAAUGUAGGAAAAUCCUUUCCAUCCGUCCGGUUUUAAUUUUAAUCACUGACUAUGAAGUUCCAGUAAUUACAUUUACCAUCGAAGUGAAAUUAGAUGUGAGGCAGUUCAGAGGUUUUU